UUUGAGAAUUAUUCUCAGAUGGGUGCACGAACUUUUUUGUCAUCACUUUUUCGCAAGAAGACCUUUGAUGCAUCUUCUGCCCUUGAGUCAAAACUGAACCGAUGCAUGAGUGUCCUCGAUGUGAUGUUUUUGGCCAUAGGACAGAUGAUCGGUGCUGGAAUUUAUGUGCUAGCUGGUACCGUCGUACAUUCACAAACCGGACCUUCAAUCAUCAUCUCAUAUAUAUGUGCCGGAUUUGCAGCUCUGAUGUCCGCGUUCAGCUAUGCUGAAUUCGGAGCGAGGUAUCCUCGAGCUGGUAGCGCUUAUUCUUAUGCAUAUGUUGGCGUGGGCGAAAUCUGGGCGUUCGUCAUCGGUUGGACAGUUAUACUGGAGUAUAUGAUUGGGAAUGCAGCUGUGGCACGAUCAUGGUCCGGAUACCUGGACAACCUGGUCCAUCAUUCUAUCAGCAACUUCACGCUUAGCACUAUCGGCACACUGAGCUCGGGAGAUGGUUUCUUCAGUCGAUACCCAGACGUUGUCUCAUUUUUGCUGAUCAUAGCAGUUGCGGUUGUUGUUGGAGCCGGUUCGAAAUCAUCUGCAACUGUCAAUACUAUAUUCGUAUUCGUGAACCUUCUCAUAAUUGUGUUCAUUACGAUCUACGGAUUUACUUACGCAAACUUUUCUCACUGGGUCGGGAACGAUGAGCAAGGAAGAUCUAAAUUUUUUCCAUUCGAGAUUUCGGGUACUUUAUCUGGAGCUGCUACAUGCUUUUUUUCUUUUAUUGGUUUUGAAGCUCUUGCAACGGCAGGAGAGGAAGCAAAAAAUCCAAGAAGAACAAUUCCAAUCGCUACUUUCGGCUCCCUUUCAAUAAUUACAUUUAUAUACGUGGUCAUGUCAUCUUCUCUGACACUAAUGAUACCUUGGGAUCAAGUGGACCCUGCUGCUCCCUUCGCAGCUGCCUUUGAGCAGAAGGGUGCAAUUGUUGCAAAGUACAUCAUCACUGUUGGUGCACUGGCUGCCAUGUUGAAUAAUUUGACUACGGGUGCAUUUGCCCUGCCGCGAUGUGUAUAUGCGGUGGCGGACGACGGACUCAUAUUUUCAUGCCUGGCCACUGUGAACAAAGCCACACAAGUACCGCUAAAUGCGAUCAUUGUCUUCACGAUUUUGAACGCAAUAUUAGCCUUAGUGUUUGACCUGGAGGCUUUGGUUGAGUUUCUUUCCAUAGGAACAUUACUCGCCUAUUCGGUAGUAUCGGCAAGCGUGCUACUUUUGAGAUACCAACCUGCUCCUAUCGGUAAUGAUCCGGACAAACUCGAUGCAGGUGGUACUUUCAAACACUGGGUGCCCAUGCGUUACUACCUGGAAAGCAUUCCGACCGGUAGAACUAUAUCUAUUGCUGUAUCAACGCUUGUGUUUAGCUAUUUUUGGCUAGCUUUCUCUUUCCGAUUGGGACUCUAUUCUACGGCGGGGGGCUACAUCUCCAUUGGUUUCAGCAUACUUCUCAUAAUUGUUACUCUCAUAUUCAUCCAUGGGCACAAGCAGAACUCACUGGACUUAUCAUUUAGGGUCCCUUUUGUGCCAAUAAUCCCGGCUCUCGGCCUGCUUGUCAACUGCUUCAUGAUGGCUUACCUUGCAUACCUGACCUGGGUUCGCUUCUUCAUUUGGAUGGGGAUAGGUCUUGUCAUUUACUUCUUUUACGGCAUGCGAAACAGCAAGGAAGGCCAAAGAAAAAGGAAUAUAACCGACACUAUGGUUUCCGCAAUCGACACACGUAGUCCGGAGAAGAGCUAACCACUGGGCAACUUGGGGAUACGCCAUAUAUAUAAUGAGAUAGCAAUAUUCUCACAAAUCAAGUCGGGGUUAGAUAACCUCAAAACGCUUUAUGUGCUUCGAUUCGAUAUCGUAUGAAAUUCAUUGAUCUCGUUUGGG